UCCGCCGGCCCUCCUCCGUCCCCACCCUCACCCCCACCCCCUCGACCUCCACUUUCCGCGCGUAGCAGUUUGGGAUCUGAAAGAAGACCCUUAUGAAAGAGCGGCUGUCUGACUGAACCAAAACUACAAUUCCCAGAAUGCGCCGGAAAAGCACUGUCGGGGGUGUCCCGUUAACGCCCCUCUUUCCAAAACUCUGCGGAGACUAGCGGCGGCUUCUGAGCGGAAGUAUUCCACUGGGGCCUGGAGGGUUGGGGGGCUUUUGCCUACUUCGGUGGAACUGCCCGUGGGAUGUCGGUGCUGGAGGAGGUUGCAUAGGCUCAGAAAACUAUGAACACUUCUGAGAGCUGGGUCCUUAGUGGUUCAUCAUUAGCAUCCCAAGUUCAUGCUGCUGCCGUUAAUGGAGAUAAGGGUGCUCUCCAAAAACUGAUAGCAGGAAAUCGUGACCUGAAAGACAAAGAAGAUCAGUUUGGGAGAACCCCUCUCAUGUACUGUGUGUUAGCAGACCGUGUCGAUUGUGCAGAUGCCCUCCUGAAGGCAGGAGCAGAUGUUAAUAAAGCUGAUCACAGCCAGAGAACAGCACUCCAUCUUGCAGCGCAAAAGGGAAAUUAUCGUUUCAUGAAACUCUUACUCACUCGAAGAGCAAACUGGAUGCAAAAGGACUUAGAAGAAAUGACUCCACUGCAUUUGACAACCCGACAUAAAAGUCCUAAAUGUUUGGCCCUUUUGUUAAAGUUUAUGGCACCAGGAGAAGUGGAUACACAGGACAAAAAUAAGCAAACCGCUCUGCAUUGGAGUGCCUAUUAUAAUAACCCAGAGCAUGUGAAGCUUCUAAUAAAACAUGAUUCUAAUAUUGGAAUCCCUGAUAUUGAAGGAAAGAUCCCACUUCAUUGGGCAGCUAACCACAAAGAUCCCAGUGCUGUCCAUACUGUCAGAUGUAUCCUGGAUGCUGCCCCAACUGAAUCUUUACUAAACUGGCAGGACUAUGAAGGACGAACACCUCUUCAUUUCGCAGUUGCUGAUGGGAAUGUGACGGUGGUUGAUGUCUUGACCUCCUAUGAAAGCUGCAACAUCACAUCUUAUGAUAACUUAUUUCGGACGCCCCUUCACUGGGCUGCUCUACUUGGUCAUGCACAAAUUGUCCAUCUCCUCUUGGAAAGAAACAAGUUGGGAACCAUUCCAUCUGAUAGCCAAGGAGCAACACCACUCCAUUAUGCAUCCCAGAGUAAUUUUGCAGAGACAGUGGAAGUAUUUUUGAAACAUCCCUCUGUGAAAGAUGAUUCAGACCUCGAGGGAAGAACAUCCUUUAUGUGGGCAGCAGGAAAAGGCAGUGACGAUGUCCUUCGGACGAUGCUGAGCUUAAAAUUGGACAUUGAUAUCAACAUGACAGACAAAUAUGGAGGUACAGCUUUACAUGCAGCUGCCCUUUCUGGCCAUGUCAGCACCGUGAAGUUAUUAUUGGACCAUCAUGCUCAGGUGGAUGCUACAGAUGUCAUGAAGCAUACUCCACUAUUCCGAGCCUGUGAGAUGGGGCACAAGGAAGUGAUUCAGACACUUAUAAAAGGUGGAGCAAGGGUAGAUCUAGUAGACCAAGAUGGACAUUCACUUCUUCACUGGGCAGCCCUGGGAGGAAAUGCUGAUGUUUGUCAAAUAUUGAUUGAAAAUAAAAUCAAUCCCAAUGUGCAAGAUUAUGCAGGAAGAACCCCCUUGCAGUGUGCUGCCUAUGGGGGCUAUAUCAACUGCAUGGCCUUGCUCAUGGAAAAUAAUGCAGACCCUAACAUCCAAGACAAAGAGGGCAGAACAGCGCUACAUUGGUCCUGUAACAAUGGCUACCUUGAUGCUAUAAAAUUGCUUCUCAGUUUUGCGGCUUUUCCCAAUCAGAUGGAAAACAAUGAAGAAAGGUACACACCUCUUGAUUAUGCUUUGCUUGGGGAGCACCACGAAGUCAUUCAGUUCAUGUUGGAACACGGGGCUCUGUCAAUAGCGGCUAUUCAAGACAUUGCUGCUUUCAAAAUCCAGGCUGUCUACAAAGGGUACAAGGUCAGGAAGGCGUUUCAGGACCGAAAAAAUCUCCUAAUGAGGCACGAGCAACUGAGAAAGGAUGCUGCCGCCAAAAAACGUGAAGAAGAAAGUAAGAGGAAAGAAGGAGAACACCAAAAGGGAACAUUGAGCCCAAUGAAAUGCCAAGUACAAGCACAGCAGCUUCCAGAGAAGCAUCACCCAGGGAUCAGGCCUCCACAACCUCCCAGCAAACCCACGAUUAUUCCUGGCAAACAAUCAUUGUCCAGCAAUGCAUCUCCAAGCCAAAUGGGGAAAAACCACAGAGGAUCCCCAGGAGUGUCCUCAGACAUAGCACACAGGAAAGAGCAAUUUCCUUCUACAGAAAGGCGGGGAGAAAACCACCGAAGACAAAAAGAAUCAACCAGAGAGCAUUCCAAGGGCAAAGUUCCUUCUGUCCACUUUGGCCCCAAUGAAAGGGAUAAUGAAUGCCAACCUCAGGUGGUCAUUUCUAAGUCAGAAAGUGAAAAAUGCCAAAAAUUGCCAUCUCUCAAAGGAAAGGGUGUCUCAAGGCAUACCUCUUGUAAUAAAGCAAGUAGAGCUAGAGAGAAGUUAGAAGAUCAGAGGCGGAUGGUGGCUUGUAGUGGUGAGCCCUUGGAUGGCAUAACAACGACAUGCUUGCCAAAUUCUAAUUGCCCAGUUGGAAACUUGGGGCAUGCCAAGCACCAUGAAACAGUAUCAAGGACCAAAAUGCACUUGAUGAAAAGAAGAAGUAAAGACCUAAAGGGAGAGAGAUGCUCUCCAGCUGGUUCCAGCAGACCUGGAAGUGCUAAAGUGGAACCUGCCCAGCCAGGGAAUGAGGUUUCUUAUAAUCGGGGACAAAGAAGCAAAGGGGCAGAUGAUGAAGUCACAGGAAGACUUUGCUCUGUUCUACCACGUAAAACAGGAUUGGCAAAAUCUGGGCCCAGUCAUCUAGGGGUGCACCCCGUGGCUGGUGAAAGGUUAAACUUGGUGAAGACAAAAACUGUAUCUACAAACACAGGUGAUCCAUUGUCCUCCUCCCCAAUGGGGCAGAAUGUGAAUAUUGAACUUCUCCCAUUAGAGAGUCGGCUGAUGAUUAUUGAAAAAGAAAGAACAAGGAAAGAGUUGUUCCGGAAAAAGAACCAUGCUGCUGCUGUGAUUCAGAGGGCAUGGAGAAGUUACCAGCUGCGAAAGAAGCUAUCCGAGCUUUGCAGGGCCCAGCGACGGGGUGAAGAAGGUGAAGACAAGUGGAAACAAGAGAAAGCUGCCUUUCACUUCCAGGUUGCUUGGAAGAAACAGUUGAAUCCCAAGGCCUCCAAACCAGUCCCAUUCUAUAAAACUCCCAAAUCUACCAACAAGAACAAUUCCCUAAUCAAACAAAACAAGCAAGCCGUCCUCAAACAGAUCUAUGGAUGCUCUCAAGAAGGGAAAGUGCAUCACGCCGUAAGACCGUCAUCAAAGCCUCCUCUCUCUGCGAUGCACCUCAUUUCAGUAAGCAACCUGCAUUAUGUACACUUGCUUGAGAAUAAUGGAAAACCAAAGAACUUCUCUUACAACAUGAGACCAGCCACCGAGGUGAAAACACGAAAUCAAAAAUCCAGUCACUAAAGAAGUGUCUUCCUAAGCAAUGGUUCACCUAAAGCAUAUUCGUUUGUUAGCAAAGUCAUCAAAUUGUUACAUUUCAGUCACUUUAAAAAAUCGAGCCAUGAAAUGGGGCAAUGUUUACAAAAGUUUAAAAUCGACUUCCGAGUAAGUUUUCUUAUCCGUCAAAGCUGUAACAAUCUUUAUUACUGUUCUUUAUAAACGUUCUCCCCCUCAUGACUGGGAAACAGUUGUCUGGACACCUUUUAAAAUUAGUACCAUCAAGUAAAUUGAUAACAAAAAUUAAUCUCAUUCAGCAUGAACUUGGAAGGCCUUCAGGAGAAUGCCUCUUAAAGAUCUGUGCUAUUUAACAUUUUGGUUAAACUUUUGCAAAGAAUUUUAGCACUUAUCACAAACAUAAUAUUUCAAUCUUUGUGAGUGGAGUCAGGACAAAACAUUUUUGUACCCUAUGGAAAAUUAAAAGCUAAAAUCUAAGCUAAAGUUUAGCAAGUUAAAAGCAACUUAUCACAAGGUGAGUACCUAAAAGCCAUGAAGAACAGACACUUCGUCAUCAAAAAUGUGUCUAAAAAAAGUCAUUUAUCUGAGAUGCCCAUCUCUGAAUUAUCUCUGGGCUAAUACCCUAGUCCAGUGACAAUACACAAUAAUUUCAUCUCCACUAUUCACUAGAACAUUCCCAACAGGAAAUGGAUUAAGCAAGAGGAAACUGUAUUCUUAACUUAUAGUUUGGUGCACACUGGGGAGGGGAGAAAAAGAGAAAUUGUUCAAAUCAGAUCCAAAUUGUAUCAGUAUUUCUGGCUACUCACAAGAACCCUCCAAUUUUGAACCGGAUCCAGUGGUUUUUCUACACAUCCUAGGAGACCUAUUUGGUCUGUAUAAAAAACAGAUACAAAUGAGUAAUGAAUGGGGGCACAGAAUGAGUUAACUACUUUCCAUUUUCUGUUUGAAUUGGGAAGGUUCCACAAGAAGGAAAAGGGAAGUGCUAGUGAAUUUUACUACUUGCUGCCUUUCCCAUUAAGUAAUUGUGAAAUAUUAAUCACAGUACAAGCUAUAAAAUGCUUUACCAACCGCAGAUGGUUAGAAGAAAACUAUUACCUGAAUACAUAAAUCUCAAUAGUCCAGAUCAUUUCGAUUACAUGGUAAGAUGACUGGUGUUAUAGGCAGAUAGCUGCACAGUGACAAGACAGACACUCAACCCUAAUGGAGUAAGAGAAUAUGGUACAGAAAAAUCAUAUGAAACUCUCCAUCAGGGUUUUGUCAUAUAAAAAAUUUGUUUGUAAUCACAAUAUAUGUCUUUAACAUCACACUGAAAAACAAACUCGAUG